GACAUUUAAAAGGAGAAGGUCUAUCUUAAACUGGGCCUUUUGGCAAGGUUCUAGCACUCACCAGCACAACUUGCCCAUAUCUCCACCAUCUCCUGUGCCAGGACAGCUGUUUGGAGUUUCUCUGCCAAAUAUUUGUGAGAAUGAUAAUCUGCCCAAACCUGUCUUGGAUAUGCUUUACUUUCUUAAUCAAAAAGGACCCCUCACAAAAGGAAUCUUCAGACUAUCAGCCAAUAUGAAAUCCUGUAGAGACCUAAAAGAGAAACUGAAUUCUGGAGUCGAAGUACACCUAGACUGUGAAUGUAUUUUUGUGAUAGCAUCUGUUUUAAAGGAAUUUCUGCGAAGUAUUCCUGGAAGCAUUUUUUCAUCAAAUCUCUAUGAUCACUGGGUCUGUGUAAUGGAUCAAGGAAACAAUGAAGAGAAAAUAAAUACAAUUCAAAGGCUAUUAGACCAGCUUCCGAGAGCAAAUGUUGUUCUCCUAAGGUAUCUUUUUGGGGUAUUACACAACAUCCAACAACAGUCCUCGUCUAACCAGAUGACUGCAUAUAAUUUAGCUGUGUGUAUCGCUCCAAGCAUCCUUUGGCCUCCUCUUUCCUCCAGCCCAGAAGUAGAAAAUGAAUUUACAAAAAAGGUUUCCCUGCUUGUACAGUUUCUGAUUGAAAAUUGCUGCACGAUAUUUGGUGAAGAAAUUACUUCCCUCUUAGGAGAGACUUCAGUGAGUUGUGACACUACAGAGAAUGCCUCAGAUAUCUCUUGCUUCCAACCAAGUGACUCUUCCUAUGACAGCUUGGAAAAUGAAGUAAAUGGGGAUGUGGACACUCCAUGUAGUGACUUGGCAAAGAAACUUAACCAGAGUAGCAGAAGCAUGGACUCUGUCUUAACCCUUAGUGACUAUGACCUUGACCAACCAGAGGUGGAAGGCCUUGACCAGCCUGAGGUGGAAGGCCUUUUAACUCUGAGUGACUUUGACUUAGACCAGUCUAAAGAUGAAGACAUUCAAAUGAAACAGCCUCUUGAAUUCAAGCCGAUGACCAUUGCAGUGAUGUACAGAGAGGCCCUCCCACUGCAGGAGCAUGCCAGGGCCCCAUCUGACAUGUGCACACCCAGCUACCUGUCCUCAGAUGCAACAGAUGCUCCAAAAACCCUGAGGCGACACCGGCGCUGCUCGGAGCCCAGCACUGACUAUCUAGAUUCUAAGCUUUCCUCUCUCGAGGAGGUUUAUCAGAAAAAGCUACGCAAGUCCAGCUAUGAUGCAAUUCUCUCUCAAAAAGAUGAGGAUUAUCUGAAGCAGAAUCAACCUCCCCAGGAGGCGGAUAAGACAUGUUUUAAACAGAGUUCAGUUUCAAGCACUGAUGUCUGUGAGAAAAACGCCACCAAUCAAAACAUGAAGAAGAAAAUCUUGUCUGGUACUGAAAGAAAUCUUGGGAAACUUUUCCCUAAGUCCAAGCCAGUGUCCAUUUCUGUGGCAUCAUAUAGUCAUAUGUCCUCACAAGAUCAUUCCAGGAACCAGCCCUUUGAUGAAGAUACAUCAGGAUACUCCCUGCCACACACAACUUGCAAGAGUUCAGGGACACACCGGCGCUGCUCAGAGCCCAUCAUAGAUAACCAGCACUGCAAACUGACCUAUCUCAGGAGGAUUGAUUCGAAGAAACAACAUAAAACCAGCUGUGAAGCCGCUCUCUUGCAGGGAGAGGAGGAUUAUCUCAAACAGCAUAAGUCCUUGUAAAUAGAGGGGCAAAAGCUUAUUAAUCAGAGUUUGGUCAUGGGGAUUGAGGUGGGCAAGAGUAGUGCCACAAACCAAAACACUGAGAAGGUUUUACCCCCAAGAUUAAGCCUUUGCCCAAAGACUAGCUGUUCCAGCUUAUCCUCCCCAGGCACUUCCCCAUCUGGCUCAUCAGUGAGCUCUCAGGACAGUCCUUUUUCUCAGACUUCUGAACAUUCCGUGUUUACACCCACUGAAACUCCCUCUCCAAUAGAUUGCAAUUUUCAGGCUCAAAGAAAACAGGGAGAGCUUUCUUCUGACUUUAGCAGUUCCAACUUUAUUUCUGGAAUGCCUGGUCCAUCAUCAGGGCAGGGCAGCAGCCACCUCGUUAAUACUAAAAAGGAUAGUGUAGGGUGGCAUUCACAAAUGCGUUCUGUAACUCUUCACCCCAACACAUGGUUGAGAAAUGGUAUAGCCAGUUUGAAAAACUGGUCCCUCAAAAAAAAAGAAAAGGCAGCCAGGCCAGAGGAAAAUAAAAUAGGUUCUCUAAAAGGACUUUCAGAGCCACCUGGUCAUGCUUCUGGUGUUCCAGAAGCCAACUCACUGGAAGAGAGACAGAAAGACAUGCCCAUGAAGGCCGUGGAAGGACUUGGUACUGUGCAGACAACCCAUUCAUAUAAUUCUUCUCCCUCCCAGGAA